UGACUUGAUAACACAUACCAACAUUUCAUUGCAUAGCUAAUUUGACAUGUAUUCACUUAUUUUUGUCUUAUAUGAACGAUUUAAAUCACAUGUCUAUUAACUAUAAUGUAUGAAAUUAUUUUUGAAAGAAUAUAGAUAGUAAUUUAUUAAUACGAUGCGGGGAAUAUUAAAUAUAAGCAUCAUAUAUGUAAUGCUAUUUUACGGACUAAGCAUUUUCAGCAUCGUGGAUAUAAAUGCGCUAGAAUACAAACAUUCUUUGAAGAACACUGAGCCGGUGAAAUUAGCAAAUGCAACGAACGGAAAAACUCAUAAUGAAUAUUAUGACCCCGUUCUUUCGAAUUUUUCAUCUCUGUUUGAAUACUUAAAAGCAGUGCAUAUACAAAAUGACGGACAUUCGCGACAGAAACGAUCACGAAGCAGGAAUUGCUUAGGGCAAUGUGAACACUCGCUUUGUCCGUGGAGAGAGGAAUGGGACGAAGAAAGAACAAGAGUUCCACAAUUUAUUAAAUAUGCUGUUUGUGAGAAUCCAACCUGUAACUUUGCCUUCGUUGGACUUGAGUUUGCUUCAGCAUUUAUUCUUGGAAUGCGCACACAUUGUGAUCUUGUUAAAAUUGACAUCCAGGUGACUGAGGACGGUCUAGACAAAUGGCUGACAGAUUGGCCUAUUGCAUGUGUUUGUACGCAGAGGGUGAUUGACACGGACGUUUCAUUACAGUUAAGACAUCCGGGAAGACAUUCAGACCAAGUUGAUACUGAUAUUACGAACAAUGUAUCCUUAGAACCUGUCUCACGCCAGCGUAUCAUUCUCGAAGGAGCUCGGCACAGAUCAUUGUCACGUGCACAAAGACGCAGGUUAAGAAAUCAACGACGUAAUAUGCAAAACACGGAAUCUUGGGAACAAAUUAUGGAAAGAAAGUAUAAUAGAACUUAAUAUGUGAUUAAAAAUUUGGAAGAAUUACCUCAACUGUAGAAAAAAUAACAGACAAUCACCGAACGUUUGAUAUACGGGUUUGUAUAAAAAGAACUUUUGCACCGGCAAAUGAUGUUAUUUCAAAAAUUUACGAACAUCGUUAAUUGCAUAUUUAAAUGUUUGUUAAUUUUUAUCUUAAGCUUAUGAGUUAUUAAGUGGUCAUAUAAUAAUUAGGCCUAUAUAUUGACCAAUCACACAUUUGUUGUACUUUAUCAAGUUUAUGCCGUAAUCGUGUUACAACAAGUGUAAAUAUGCUGGUUCGAAAACUGAUAAGAUUAAUCGGAUAAUAAUUCUGUUUUUGAACACUUAAAAUUUCAAAUAAAAAUGAUGUCACAUACUGGUCUUUUACCUUUUUAAAACAGAACUGAAUUAAAACUGUGCAAACUUAAGAAAACUUUAAUGGGUACGAUUUAAUGUUUUGUCAGUUCCAUCUAUGCAAACAAUUUUGACAUUAUUUACUCUUCAAAUUCAUCGUUACCGACAACUUAAAAGUAGAAAAUUCGACAUCGGUGUCAAAAUCAUUGAGGCGUGACGAAAAGGACGAUUAACCCGAUUUCCUCAUGCACUAAUCUCAUCUGUAAAUAUUUUAUUCUAAAUGUUUCACACAGGACUGUUAAACUUUAUACAUAAAAAGGUACUUAAAAAUGUUGAAAGACUCAAUCACGGAUCUUGUUAGAGCCACGAGCACAUGCAGGGUGAAUGUUUCAUGCGGGCAUGUCAAAACGGCAGGCAUGUUUUAUUGGAAAUGCGUUGAUUAUUGAUAACAAAAGAUGCACGGAAACAGUAAAACCUGAUAAAUAUGAAAUUAGAGAAAUAAACAUGUUUUCAUUGUAACAUUCCAAACCGUAGACGUCACGUUAUGUUACAUAAAUCCAUACGUAGCAGACUUAAAGAAAUUUCUUUAUUACCAUUUUGAUAGCUCCAUAUUUUGAAAACAAACCAAACAACAUCAAAUUAUAGAAAGAGAGUUGUCUUACAUUAACAUUGGGCAGCAUAUAAAACAUGUAUAUUUCUCUACAAAACAAUUGUGCAUUUAUUGAUGUAUAGAAUGAAUUCCGAACUGAAUAAAGGGAUCACACUUUC